GCUGUGGCCGCUCCUCCACCUCCAGUUCCUCCCCGCGGCCUCCGCAGCCUUCCCGGCUCCCCAGAGCGCAGCACAGCCAUCCCGAUGGCGUCCGCCACUGCCGUGCCUGUAGGAUUUCACUAUGAAACCAAAUACGUAGUGCUCAGCUACCUGGGCCUUCUAGCACAGGAGAAGCCACAGGAGCAUCCUCCUCCUCCUCCUCCUCCAACUCAAGGGACUCAACAACAGCCUAUGGCACAACAUGCUCUGGAGAAAGAGGCUUUGGAGAAGAUUAAAAUAGAAAUCGAGGAGGAGCUAAAACGUCUUGAUGAAGAAAUCUUGGAAGCAUUUACCACCACAGGGUUUGACUGCCACACUUCCCCAGUGUUCAGCCCUGCCAAUCCAGAGAGCUCAAUAGAAGACUGCCUGGCUCAUCUGGGGGAGAAAGUGUCCCAGGAAAUGAAGGAACAUCUGCACAAAGCACUGCAGAGCUUGCUUAGCAAGCCGGUGACAUAUCAGGAAUAUCGGGAGCGCACGCAGGAGGCAUCUGCUCAUGCCAGUGGGUGGAACAAGGUCUUGGUGCCCCUGGUUCUGUUACAACAAUUUCUGAUGGAGCUGACCAGACGGGGCCAGGAACCACUGAGUGCCCUUGUGAACUUUGGGGUGACAUACCUAGAAGAUUAUUCUGCAGAUUAUAUCAUUCAGCAAGGAGGAUGGGGAACAGUCUUCACUUUGGAAUCCGAAGAGGAAGAGUAUCCCGGGCUCAUUGCAGAGGACAGCAAUGACAUCUACAUCCUGACCAGUGACAACUCAGGGCAGGUGAGCCCCCCGGAGUCCCCCACGGUGACCACGUCGUGGCAGUCGGAGGGCCUGCCCGUGUCCCUGUCGGCGAGCCAGAGCUGGCACACGGAGAGCCUGCCCGUCUCCCUGGGACCUGAGUCCUGGCAGCAAGUGGCUAUGGAUCCCGAAGAAGUCAAAAGCCUGGACAGCAAUGGAGGGGCUGAAGAGAGGAGUGAGAACAACUCUUCCAACUCUGACAUUGUUCACGUGGAGAAGGAAGAGAUACCAGAGGGGAUUGAGGAAGCAGUGGUGCCAGCUGGGGCUGCAGAGACCAUACAGGCAGCCUUUCCAGAAACCUCUGCUUCUUUACAGGAAAUAAAACCUCCUGAAAUUGCUGCUGCUGAAAAAGCACAUCCCUCUGCACUUCUGCGUACAAAACAGGAGGAAAAGGGAAAAGCAGCUGAAGAGCUUGUUGAACCUGAAAUCCCCGUGUUAAGUAAACCUGUCCCAAAGUUAGCCCCAUCAGAAGAAAAGGCUGCACCAGAACCUGAGAAAAUACUGCUUCCAGGGGAAAAAAAAGUGGGGAAAGAGGGCCAUUUGGAAGAAAUAGAAGAGAAAUCCUCAGCUGCAGAGGAGAAGCCUAUCCUGUUGCCAGAAGGGAAAUCUAUACUGCUGUACGGCGGGGCUGCCGCGGUCGCUAUAUUGGCUGUGGCAGUCGGAGUAGCGCUGGCGCUUAGGAAAAAGUAACGGAGCUCUCUUGAGGAGGAGGGAGGAGAGAAGAGAGCACAUCCAAUUUUUGUAGUUGUGUUACCUAAAGGUUGAGCUGCCUGCUGUUUAAUUGGACUUUUGAGUAACUCAGUGGUGAUGAGGUGAGGUUGUUCAAUAAGCCUCCAGCUACGGACAAUCAUGUUUUUAGUAGAAUCGGGGAGGGGACUGGUUUUUCGUGAUUAAAGUACGGGGGUAUUUUUAAAAAAAAAACAAAAAAAUCUGCAAAUUUAAGAACUUAAAGUGCAGGUGCUGAAGAAAGGGGUGCUCAUACUCUAGGAACUGGAACAAAGGAUCCCCAGGGGAAGGGGAGAGCCAGCUGCUGCCAGCCCCUGGAGAUUUUGGCUUCUCAGAUUGAACGCUAUUGCAGCUGUGCUGUCUUGUCACUUCCCGUUGCGCCCCGAGCCCCUCCUAACAAACAUUAGCCAACCUGAGUCCUGUAGCGAGAGGCUGGUGUCCCUUUUGUCUCAGCUUCCUCUCAGGUACAGCACUGCUCCUCAUAACCUUCCAGGUUCCUCCUAAGCCCCAGUGGGACAGUGCUUAUUCUUACCUCUUGGCUCACACUGGUUUUGGCCCCUAACGUUUACUGGAGCCCCAUCCUGUGAAGAUGCUGCCUCUCUAUAGCUGUAUUAUCUCUGAGCAUCCUGGUGUUGUUGGGGCAGAGGUGCUGCCCAGGAGGGUGGGAGGGACACUGCUAUUUGCUGGUUUGAGAAUCCAUUUGCUCUGCUCCUGCCCAGCCCACUAUACUGCAAACCCUUCAGUUACCAGAGGUACGAAAUGGAUGCUGGGCACGGUGCCCUUGGGAUCACUAUUCUGAUAUUUGGGGUAUAUUCAGCAAAAAUAGAGCAAACCCGUGUGGAAGCAAGGCCAGUGCCUCAAGUGCAAUUCAGAUGUUAAACGCUCUGCUGUCCUGUGUCACGCUGCAGUCUGCAUUGUCUUUCCCAAGUUAAGCACAGAGUGUAUUUAGUCCUAACUCGGUCUUGCCUGUGACAGAAUCCCAGAUAUAUAAAGCAAUGGAUUCUAGUAACUGAGCAAAAGAGCAUUAAACAUCUCUAUCUGCUUGUUCCUGA